AUGGUACACAUUAGAGCCGGAAAAGGCGAAGACUCUGAUCCUGAUAAUGAUACGGGCCAACAAGCCCCUGUAUAUUACAGCUGGAAAAAUGUUUCCUAUGACACUGUCGAUGUUUUGCAACAUUUCGAAUGGGCAAUUAAGCUGAACUGCUUUGCGUUGAACAUCGUCGGCUUAUGGCCAAGAGUUUAUGAAAAUGCCUGCGAUAAAUUUUUAUCGGAUUUACGUACGAUAUUUUCAUUCUUCCUAUUUGUUUUCGUUGGUAUGAUUCCCGCGAUACAUUCGCUUGUGAGAACAUGGGGUGACAUGUUUGCAAUAAUCGACAAUCUUCAAUUCACUUUGCCGCUAUUGACGACAAUAAUGAAACUGGUAAUCAUACGAUGGAAAAAAAAUGAUCUUAUACUGGCGUUGAACAUGAUCGCCAAUGAUUGGUUGAAAGCCAAGAGCAACAAAGAGCAGCGCGUGAUGAUAAAAUGCGCACAGAACGCGCGAAUCAUCCUCAUCUUUGGAUACGUUCUCAUGAUCGUAGGAUUCAGUUUUCUCACCUUUCUACCUUGCUUCGGAACAUCGCUGAGAUACAUUACGAACAUCACCGAUCCGGCCAAGAUCCUGCCGCUACAAACGUAUUACUUCUAUGACAAAGAUCAGAGUCCGUAUUAUGAGCUCACGUUCACGGCGCAAGCUUUGCUACUUAUAAUGGCAGCUACAUGUUACACCGGCGUGGAUAAUCUGCUCGGAUUACUGGUAUUCCACUUGUGCGGCCAAAUGGAAAAUUUGAAAGAACGAUUGAUCAACAUGAGGCAAUAUAAAAAUUUUUCCAGCGGUUUCACUUUUAUCGUCGAAAUCGUCGAGGAUCACAUACGGCUAAUCAAAUAUUUCGACAUUGUUGAGAAUACAUUCACUCUACUGUUACUCGGAUUGCUGCUUUAUUUCGGCACUUUAUUCUGUCUAUACGGAUUUUUGAUCGUCAUGAUACUCACGGAAGGAAGGGAAAUGUCAAUGAUGCGUUUCAUAUACUUAAUAUCUGUAGCAUUAAACAUUUGCGGCCACAUGUGCCUAUAUUGCGUAGUAGGCGAGAUUCUGGUAGCACAAUGCGAAGGAGUAUAUCACGCAGCAUAUGAUUACGAAUGGUACACAUUGAAGCCGGAACAGGCGAGAAGCCUGAUCCUGAUAAUGAUACGGGCUAACAAGCCUCUGUAUAUUACAGCUGGGAAAAUAUUUCCUAUGACACUGUCGAUGUUUUGCAACGUAAGCGUCUUUUAUCUAAUAAUAUUUUAAUAAUUUAUACAA